UAUGUCUGCAAGAGAUAGGCUCCCGAUUUUUCCGUCCAGAGGGGCACAAAUGUUAAUGAAAGUUCGCCUUGCAGGGGCGCAAAAGGGCCACAAUUUACUAAAGAAAAAAGCAGACGCCUUACAAAUGCGAUUUCGCCUUAUUUUAGGCAAAAUAAUUGAGACCAAAGUUACAAUGGGCGAAGUAAUGAAAGAAGCCUCGUUUUCUCUGGUCGAAGCCAAAUUCACAACCGGAGAUUUUAACCAAAUUGUUUUGCAGAAUGUAUCGAAGGCACAAAUAAAAAUAAGGUCGAGAAAAGAAAAUGUUGCAGGUGUAACCUUGCCAAUUUUUGAAUGUUAUCAUGACAGUUCGGACACAUACGCAUUUGCAGGUUUAGCAAGAGGAGGCCAACAGUUGGCAAAACUGAAGAAAAACUACCAAAGCGCUGUAAAAUUACUCGUGGAGUUGGCCUCGUUGCAAACUUCUUUUGUAACAUUGGAUGACGUUAUUAAAAUAACAAAUAGAAGGGUAAACGCAAUAGAACAUGUGAUUAUUCCAAAAAUCGAGAGAACUCUGGAAUACAUUUUAUCUGAACUGGAUGAGCUUGAAAGGGAAGAAUUUUACAGAUUAAAGAAAAUUCAAGAUAAGAAAAAACUUGUUAGAGCAAGAGCCGAAAAACUAAGCAGAGAAAAAUAUAGAGCUGAAUAUAGGAGCCAACAAAAAAGCAUUUUUGAUAAAGAAGAUGACGACGAAUUAUUGUUUUAAGUUUUUGAAAAUCUAAGCAAGUACAGAUUUUUUUAUUUAUUUUAAGCUGGAUUGUUGCUUUUCUAUAACAAAUUUUUGUGUUUUACAAAUAUUCCUGUAUUUUUUAUUACUUAAUAAAUUAAUUGUGUGUUUU